CGCAUGUAUUGCGGAGCUGAGUGGACAAUGUCACUGCUGCGGUGCCAGGCUGAAUGGCAGGAGUUGGAUAAAGAAUUCAAACAGCUGCAGGAAACGCAUAAAGUGUAUCGACAAAAACUCGAUGAACUUACAAACCUUCAAACUAUAUGCAGCAACUCAAUAAGUAAACAAAAAAGAAGAAUUAAAGACCUUGCCUGCAAUCUCCGAAGGUAUAAACAUUCAGCUAAUGGAGAAGAAUCUGAAGUCAUACAGAAAUUCAACAAUGACAUCAAAGAGCGGCGCAAUAUUUUCUUUGAGAUGGAAGCAUUUUUGCCCAAGAAGAAUGGGCGCAACUCUCACUGUAAAGUAGUUCGACAACAACUUGCAAAUACUGUAUAUAGCACCUGGUAUGAUAUGGCAGGUGGUAAUUGCCAGGCUGAUCAAAUCCCAAAGGAAAACCUGAAGCAAUCGCAAGGAUUUGCAAUUUGUAUUUUUAUUAUGAGAAGGCUAUACUUAAACCUGGUGCUUGGAAAUGUGAAUGUAACGCUUCUCAGCAAGCAGGCUAAGUUUGCUUAUAAAGAUGAAUAUGAAAAAUUCAAACUUUAUCUGACCAUCAUCUUGUUACUUGGUGCAAUAUCUUGCAUGUUUCUGCUGAAUAGGGUAAUUGAUGAAAUCUUUAAUUUCCUGUUGGUCUGGUAUUACUGCACGUUAACAAUAAGGGAGAGCGUUCUUAUCAGCAAUGGAUCAAGAAUCAAGGGCUGGUGGGUGUCUCAUCAUUAUGUGUCAACAUUUCUCUCUGGGGUAAUGUUAACAUGGCCUAAUGGGUUAAUGUAUCAGAUGUUUCGCAGCCAAUUUCUAGCAUUUUCCAUUUAUCAGAGUUGUGUACAGUUCCUGCAGUAUUAUUAUCAAAGUGGCUGUCUUUAUAGAUUGCGGGCCUUGGGGGAAAGGGACCACAUGGACCUUACAGUAGAAGGAUUUCAAUCAUGGAUGUGGAGAGGUUUAACUUUUCUUCUUCCAUUCCUUUUCUUUGGUCAUUUUUGGCAAUUAUACAAUUCAGUAACACUUUUUGGACUUUCACAACAUGAGCGGUGCAAAGAAUGGCAAGUUUUUGUCUUGGCUCUCACAUUCCUGGUGCUCUUCCUUGGGAACUUUCUGACUACUCUUAAAGUUGUUCAUCAAAAAUUUCAGAAAAACAAAGAUAAAUUGAAGAAGCUAUGAAUGUAUGAAACCUGCUGAAAAAACAACAUUGUUGGGGAACAUGGCACCAUAUUCCCAUUUUCCCUAUGCUGCUCUAUUUGAGGGUCUGAAUACUCGCACAUCAUUGAGGUUGGAUUUGCAACUGUCGCACAAAUGUUUGAAAAUCCUAAUGCUAGCCGCACACACAUUCUGAGAGAAAAUUACUAAGCUGAUUUACUUUUAAUUUUUAAGAUAUAUACAUUAAUAUGGUUCAUUGUCCUUUAAACAAGUUUGUUGAAAUUUCAUUUUGAUAUAAUUUCUCACCACAAUGAGAGAUGUUAUCAUCCUUAAUGUGAUUUAUUCUAUCAUGAAGCCCUUCUGAAAAUGACACUGAUGGGAUGGGUGGAUGGCAGGGGAGGAUGUGGACAAGUAGGGUAAAUGUCUUCUCCAAGAUCAGAUGUUUGGCUAACCCUUUAUCAUGGUUUGACUGGAGUUAUCCAGUUUGUGAACUGUCUGCAAUAUUAGCAGGAGAUGAAUUUUGAUUGAAGUAUAAAAUUAGUCUGAACUUGCCAAUGAAAAAGGCUGUUGCCCAAGUACAAUUUAAUAUUGCAUCAUUUGAAAUAACAAUAUUCAUGUAAAUUCUGCAUGUGCAUUUUGUGUUCAGCCCUUGUGGAUGUUGUGUUAACGUCAGUAAAUGUAUAUUACAAUUUGGAUUAUAUAUUGAAUUAUUUCAUUAUCUGAUGUUGUGUGCAUAAUAUUACUUCUAAAAAUAGGCAUUCACCCACCCUUCCUCCUUAUGUUUAUUAUGUCUUUUGCUUAGAUUUUGUUUUGAAGACAUUUUUCCCAAUACCAUGCACUAUUCCCUGUCUGAGAGGGCAACCAAACUACCUCCUCCCCUAUGUCAACCAAUGCCACUUUUAAUUUAGCUGGUUGCAUUUACACAGAGACUCAGGGUAACUCUGAUCUUUUAGUCUCCUCACAAUUAGGGGAAGUGCCUGGGAUCCAUUUAAAUGCCUACACUUGCUGGAACACCUCAAAAAGAAUUCAUUACAUUUGGGAUUGUGGAUGAACCUAAUUCGUGCCACUCAGUGAAUAAGUUGACUUGCCUGAAUGGUUUAAAGUUUUCUUUUAAUUGACUUACAUAUUUUGUUAAAUAAUUUCAGCUACAUUGAAUUUUCCAAACUAAGAAAUCUGAUUUUAUUUAAUUAAAACAAUUGCAAAUGUUAAUAGCAUUUGCCCACCUGUGUUUUUUUAACAUUGUUAAUCCAUUUGCUCUUCACUUAAGCUGGUCUAAGUACUUUGUACAUAUAACUUUGUGAAACACUCUGUAUUUGUAUGUGGUGCUAAGAUACAUUAAAACUCAUUAGAAUA